UUCCGCUUUUUAAAAACAAUGUUUUUUAUUUUUAUAUAUUUUUAUAUCAAUUUUAUUCAACUAGAUAGGCAGUAACAUAUUAAAUCCACUUAUGUAACGUUUUGUAAAAUAUAUAUAUAUAUAUAUAUAUAUAUAUAUACUCCUAAAAGUAUUUUUACUUCACCAAAAACAGUUAAAGGUUUACAUUAACAGGUUUAAAACUUUCAAUAGGCUACAACUACCUAAUUGACUUUAGAAUAUGAGAAUCGUUGCCAUAUGAGCAAAAAAGAAAACAAAUGUUCCCAUUCAUUCACAUGAAAAAUUCCAGAACUGAGACAUAUGUGUGGGUGUUGGUGUGUCUAUAUGAGUGGUGUUUAAAACACAUUGUAACAUCCUCCAAUAUUGGUGACAGUCUAUGAGUAAACAACUUAAACUUGUUCAAUUCACAGACCAUGAUGCUUCCACCUUUCAAACAGACUUUGGAUGAACUCCCUCCUCUCCCUCACUUCAGGAGCUGAGGGGGUGGUAUCUCUCCACGUAGGUAUAUAGUCCCAUUUAGAUUAAGUCUUUCCAAAAGAGUCCUUUGUCAUCGUGCAGACAGCAAGAGAAUAAUAAAAAGGACCUGAUGGCACCUACUCCAGAUUCCACAAGUCCAGUGUUGGGGUUAUGGAGCGUGUCAAUCUGAGGGGGGUAGACUCUGGAAUCCCCUUCAUCUUUACCCUCUUUAUUACAGACUUCAGGAUUGUGUUUUGGAGAAAAUUUCUGAUGACUCUGCCAUUGUUAGGCUUAUCACUAAUGUUAACAAUGCCAAUUACAGGUGAGUGACACAGGACUCUGUGGACUGAUGUGAGCAGAACGGCGUGGGAAGACCUAAGAGAUGGCGGUGGACUUCUGCAGAUCAUGAAUUGCUUAGGUGAGAAAAAAAAAAAACUGCAGACAAAAAGGCCAAAAAUGUUUCCACACCUCUGUCUUCAAAUAAACUGCAUACUAAGCACCCUGAUCACUUCCUCCUUCCUAACACUAGAUGGCAGUAAAGGCUUAAGACCCUCACUUGUUGCUCACAUUAAUUGAACAUUUUAGCUUUGUUUCAUUCAAAAUAUAAUUUAAGUUAUAGCAAUGAUUUUAUCAUUUGUUGUCAGCAUUAUUGAUUAUUUUAUUUUCAAAAGGUGGUUAAUUUAGGAAAUAUAGUUAACAAUAGUUGUGUUAAUAUCAAAUAUUAAAUAAUGAAAUAUUGAUUAAAAAUCUCACAUUUAAACCACUUUUAAUCAGACUGGAUAAAUAAUUACUUACAGGACUUAGCUUCAGCUUUUGGUGCAAAUAAGUGUUUACUCUAAAUAUGUUCACCUAUUCUCAUCUUCAAAAAUGGUAGAGAAUGAUGAAAAUGUUCAGUUUUUUUAUUUUGUUUACAUUUUAUUCAAUUCAUAAGUCGUUUCAAACAAUUAUUAUUUGUAAAGAUUUUUUUUAUCCAGGCAUAGAACAAAUUCAGUUCAGAUAUAUGCCUAUUAAUAUGAAAAUUGGUCUGUAAAUAGGAGAGCAGUUAUUUUUCACAAUAGUAAUCUAAAUAUGCGGAUCCUCAUAAAUGCAGAAAAGCAAAAGCCUGACAUGGAGAAGCAGGCGGAGAACGAUGCUGUAAGCUUAGAACUUGAUGGCGCUGUCUUAGAUUACACUUACUCCAUUUUUUACUCCACAGCAGUUAUGCUCCUCGGGUCUCUUCUCAAUGCAACAUCGUGAACUCAUGAAUAUUUCAAUGCUUUUUAUCUUCUGGACCGCCAUCCAACUCAAUUGGAUAAAGGGGCGAAUGGGGGGAGGGGGGGUGAUGAUAAAGAUUGUGAUGUGUAAAAAUGAGGGACAGUGUCUAAAAAAAACCCCAGCUACACCUGCCCCUCCUCACCAGGAAUGAAUGAGUUAUGAGAUGGAGAGGAGUUCUCAGAGGCUUGUUCAGUUCAGCUGGAGACGGAUGGGAGAUCACAAUGCCUUAGGACGCCAAUCUGGACGCUUUCAUCAGCUCCUGGAUCAAUACUUUGGAGAUGAAUCGAGUUAUGACAUAAAUUAGUUUUUUUAGACAUUUUUUUUGCACAAUUUCCUCACUUUUCCUUUUUCCAAAAGGUGGGGAAGUCCUCGUCACCUCUCAGGGACGUUUGGCACCCCUGAACAGUGGAGCCAAAACCCAGUGCCACAAAUUAGGAAAAUGAGGGACAGCUUUUAGUGGAUGUUUGUUCCUGUUCUCGGAUCAACUUGUUUGCAAUAGGGAUCUUUUAAAAAAAGGAUUAUUAUUCAAAAAGAAGCUAGAAGAAGAAAAAUGCCUUUUAGUUUAGGAAGCUUGAAAGAACAGGUGUUCAAACCUGGGAAGGAGGAGGUGAAGAACUCGGUUGGGGAUUCUAUGGGAAAGCUGCAGAGGAAAAUCGAUGGCAGCAACGUUGAGAACGAGGACAACUUUGAGCUGACAGAGGAUGGUCGUCCCGUGGCGUCAACGCCACGUCCGGCCCCUCUGCUGGACUGCAGCUGUGGCGGCCUGCCCAAGCGCUACAUCAUCGCCAUCCUCAGCGGUCUGGGCUUUUGCAUCUCUUUUGGCAUCCGAUGCAACCUUGGUGUGGCCAUUGUGGAGAUGGUGAACAACAACACGGUAUACAUUAAUGGGACUCCUGUGCUUCAGAGAGCCCAGUUUAACUGGGAUCCGGAGACAGUGGGGCUGAUCCACGGCUCCUUCUUCUGGGGCUACAUUGUUACUCAAAUCCCUGGAGGAUUCAUAGCAAACAAGCUGUCUGCAAACAGGGUCUUUGGAGCUGCCAUUUUCCUGACAUCAGUGCUGAACAUGUUCAUCCCAUCAGCAGCAAGAGUGCACUAUGGCUGCGUCAUGUUUGUUCGCAUCCUGCAGGGCUUGGUAGAGGGUGUCACCUACCCAGCAUGCCAUGGGCUGUGGGCUAAAUGGGCGCCUCCGCUUGAACGGAGCCGGCUGGCCACCACAUCUUUCUGUGGAUCCUACGCUGGAGCUGUAAUCGCCAUGCCUCUGGCUGGAAUACUCGUUCAGUACGUCGGCUGGUCGUCAGUCUUCUACAUUUAUGGUGUUUUUGGGAUUCUAUGGUAUGUGAUGUGGCUGUUGUUGGCCUAUGGAAGUCCUGCUGACCAUCCCACGAUCACUGAGGAGGAAAGACUCUACAUCGAGGCCGCCAUCGGUGAGACGGUCAACCAACUAAGUGUAACUGAGAAAUUCAGAACUCCGUGGCGUCGAUUUUUUACCUCCAUGCCGGUGUAUGCAAUCAUCGUGGCUAACUUCUGCCGCAGCUGGACCUUUUACCUGCUACUCAUCAGCCAGCCGGCGUAUUUUGAGGAAGUAUUCGGCUUCCCCAUCAGCAAGGUGGGGAUCCUGUCUGCUGUCCCCCACAUGGUCAUGACCAUUGUGGUUCCUAUUGGUGGACAGCUGGCUGACUUCCUGCGCAGUAAGAAGAUCAUGUCUACCACAAACGUGAGGAAGCUCAUGAACUGUGGAGGUUUUGGGAUGGAGGCCACUCUGCUGUUGGUGGUUGGAUUCUCUCACACUAGAGGGGUCGCCAUCUCUUUCCUGGUGUUGGCUGUGGGCUUUAGCGGCUUUGCUAUUUCAGGUUUUAAUGUCAACCAUCUGGACAUUGCACCUCGCUAUGCCAGCAUUUUGAUGGGAAUUUCAAAUGGAGUGGGAACUCUUUCUGGAAUGGUGUGUCCCUUGAUUGUCGGAGCUUUGACUAAAAACAAGACUCGUCUGGAGUGGCAGCACGUCUUUAUAAUUGCCUCCAUGGUGCACUACUCAGGGGUCAUCUUCUACGCAAUCUUUGCUUCAGGAGAGCAGCAGGACUGGGCCAAUCCCGAGAGCUUGAGCGAGGAUAAGUGCGGCAUCAUUGAUGAGGACGAGCUGGCCGAAGAGUCUGAGCUGAACAUGGAGAAUGCGUCGGCUCCCAAAAGGAGUUAUGGAACAACAGACAAUUCAUCUGGUAGAAAACUGGGCUGGAAAAAGAAGAAAGGGGCAACCAUGCAGGAAGAGGAGGAGCAUUAUGAGAACGGGGACUACCAGAACCAGUACCAGUGAUAUAGAAAAACAACCACAUUGGACUGAGGACUCUUAAAAACAGUCAAAGUUAGGAUCCUGUGGAAAUUUAAAGAAAAAGUAGCAGCAGCUUCAACAUUCUCCUCUUAAUCAAUUCACCUGUAAAACAAAGAGCCCACAGAAAAAUAUAAAAGUGUAACUAAAACUGAGAAUAAUUAUAUUAGAUUACCACAGAAUAAAUCACCGACAAGAACGUGACGAAUAAGAGGCCGAACAAUAAAUGUUUGCUCACCUUUAUAAGUAAUAAAGCAGAAACUUUCAUCGACAUCAAUGGACUGAUCUGUACUAAACAUGAGAAACACAUAUCAACUUUUAUAUCAAUUAUCUAUGUGAAGGAAAUGUCUUUUUUUCUUUGUCAGCUAUGCAACAUAACAAAAGAGCAUUACAUGAAUGUGAGGAUCGGUGCGAGUGUAAAUGUUGUUGGCUGCCUUCUGUUGCCCCUGUGUAUUUGCUGUAACUGAACGACUGCCCUCUGAUUGUUGUCCUGCAACGCGUCUUUGCUUCUUCAUUUGUUUGUGAUGCGGUUGGAUGUUAGCUUUAUCAAGUUUUGAGCACUGAAACACGACAGAUAUUAAUACAGAGCUCAGAAUCCAGACUUUUCUGUGCGAUUUCCAAAAUUCCAUAAUCAUGUACAGUGGUGUUUAACUAUAACAGAAAGUAGGAAAUCUGCACUCCCUGUUUAUCGAGGAAAGAAAACUGUUUUGUAUAGUGAAAAUAUUCUCUUAAUGUUUUGUGAGAGCAUUGAUUUGCACAUAAACCCACCAGACAUGUAAUAAACUGCAUUAAAAUACAGCAUUGA